AUGUUGAAUUUUGAGGAGAAUGUAAUAAUUAAUGAUGAAAAUGAUAUUGGAUCUGAUCAAGAGACAAAUUGCUCUUAUUCAGAACAUUCCAGUCGAACACCAUCUAUUGAAAUAGCAUCCAUGUCAUCGACAAUAUCAACAUUGAAUACUACAGAUCAUGCUUUAAUAUCAACAAAAGUUAUCGAUAAUUCUUGUAAUAAACAAGAACAGUUGAUGAAUUUAUUAACUUCUGACUUUUUGUCUUGCUCAUUUUGUCAUGCAAAUGAUAAUGUAAUAAAGCUUCUUCCGUGUUUACAUACAGUCUGUCAAAGUUGUGCUAUUUCAUUACAUAACCAUUCAAAGAGUCAGGAUAAUUCACCAAUAAAAUGUAAAGCUUGUCAUAUGGCUGGUUUGAAAUUACAAGAACAAUAUGAUCCUCAUAAUAAUAAUAGUUCUAUUAAUGAAACACUAAAAAAUAACUAUAACGAUGAGAAAUAUUCGACAGUUCAACGUGGCAUUAGCUCAACUACUGACUCAAACUGUGUAUUAGAAAAUGAGGAAACAAUUACAGUGGAUGAAUUACAAUUUCCAAAUGCAAUAUUUAUUGAAAAACUUCGAGAUUUAGCAAAUUUAUUACAAAAAGAUACAAUACGUAAAUGUGAUUAUUGUAUGUUUGAAAAUCAAAAUUCAGAAGCUCAAUUCAGGUACUUUAAGUUAUUUACUUGUGUAUAA